UUGGACACAGAUCAGUAACAUGCAUGUAAACCCCGACCGACCUCCCGAUGCAGCGGUGCUUCUAUUCAAGUGAAUAACCUCAAAAAGAGCGCCGGGUUUUCGUCUCGGAUGGUUUAACGGCUUCCCAUUCGGUUUCUGGAUCCACUUCCGACGCGAAAUGCCGCACCUAUUAAUGUACUAACAGUCUGGCAGUCAAUUAAUCGCUCCUAUCUUUUCUCGCAACAUUGUUGCAGCGCCGCGGCUAUUGACACGCGCUGUGGUGGUGGUGGUGGUUAGGCUGCGGAGGGACCGGAGGCCUGUGGUCGUUUUGAUCCUGGACUGAUGUUUUGGACAACCUGAGUUUUAAUGUUCGCGACGGAAAGUGGGGGAAACCUCUGUCCUGUAUUUCAAACGGAACAUGUCUUUUUCGUGGCUGACUUGUUCACUUCUUCUGGGAACUUUAUGCGCAGGGUACAGUCUGGGCGAAGCAGAGACCCGGGAGUGUGUGUACUACAAUGAUAACUGGCGUACGGAGAGGACCAACCAGAGCGGCUUCGAGCGCUGCGAGGGGGAGAAGGACAAGCGACUGCACUGUUAUGCCUCCUGGCUCAACUCCUCAGGGACCAUCAAGCUGGUGAAGAAAGGCUGCUGGCUGGACGACUUCAACUGCUAUGACAGGCAAGAGUGUGUCUCCAUGGAGGAAAACCCUCAGGUCUUCUUCUGCUGCUGCGAGGGCAACUACUGCAAUGAACGAUUCACCCACCUUCCUGACAUGAUUGGCAGUGGCAACCGAGUGAAAAUACGGCCUCCACCCCGAGUGCCGUCCCUGCUCAACGUGCUGGUGUACUCCCUGCUGCCUCUCUGUGUGCUGUCCCUGGCCCUUGUUCUGGCCCUGUGGAUGUACCGCCACCGCAAACCUCCUUACGGCCACGUAGACCUGAGCGAGGAUCCUGGACCAGCUCCUCCAUCCCCCUUGGUGGGUUUGAAACCACUACAGCUGCUGGAAAUCAAAGCUAGGGGGCGCUUUGGUUGCGUUUGGAAGGCCCAGUUGAUGAGCGAAUAUGUUGCUGUCAAGAUCUUCCCCGUUCAGGACAAGCAGUCAUGGCAUAACGAGCGGGACAUAUUCAUGACUCCAGGAAUGCGACACGAAAACCUCUUGCGUUACAUCGCUGCAGAGAAGCACGGAAGCAACCUGGAGACGGAGCUGUGGCUCAUCACAGAGUUUCACGAAAGGGGCUCACUGACAGACCACCUGAAGGGUAACACUGUGACCUGGAGUGAGCUGUGUCAAAUAGCAGAGACCAUGUCCCGCGGCUUGGCCUACCUCCAUGAGGACAUUCCCAGCUACAAGGGAGAGGGGCCCAAACCCACUAUUGCACACAGGGACUUCAAGAGUAAGAAUGUGAUGCUACGAGAUGAUCUGACUGCAAUCAUCGGAGACUUUGGGCUCGCUGUACGAUUUGAACCAGGAAAACCUCCAGGAGAUACUCAUGGCCAGGUGGGGAAACACUUCAGUACUGGUUAUUAUUUCUACAUUCUGGUGCUGUGGGAGCUGGUGUCCCGCUGCACAGUAACCGACGGUACAGUUGGGGAGUUCAUGCUGCCGUUUGAGGAAGAAAUAGGCCAACAUCCCUCCCUGGAGGAUCUGCAGGAUGUGGUCGUGCACAAGAAGAUGCGUCCAGUCAUCAAGGACUGCUGGCUCAAACAUCCUGGUCUGAGCCAGAUGUGCGAGACCAUCGAAGAAUGCUGGGACCACGACGCAGAGGCGCGAUUGUCCGCCGGCUGCGUCGAGGAGCGCAUCGGCCAGAUCGCCAGGACGAUCAGCAGCACUACCUCAGACAGCCCCGUCUCCAUUGUGACGUCUCUCACCAACGAGGACCUACCUCCCAAAGAGUCCAGCACCUGAACUGGUGAACCCAUCCUUCACCCGAGCUCCUGACUUUUUAUUUUUCAAAUCCAAACUCAGCGGAUCUCCGUGAAUAUUUAAAAGCAUAAAAAAAAAACAACAACUAGCAAAGUGAAUGCAGCUGCUAUUUUAUCCCAAUACUGGUAUUUUUUUUUUUCUGUUUUAAUGUUUUUGGUGUUUAAAGUCAAAUCCUA